GUAUUUUACUUUUAACGAGAUAUGUAACGAUUAAUUUUUACUAGCGUAAAUGUUUGAUAAGGUGUGUUUUUAUAUUUUUUAUCGUCAGAUAGUGCCGGGCGCUAAGAUCCCAGUGGACGGUAAGGUGAUAUCGGGACAGAGCACUUGUGACGAGUCCCUCAUCACCGGGGAGUCCAUGCCCGUCGCCAAGACUGUAGAUUCGCUGGUGAUAGGCGGCAGCAUUAACCAGCACGGCUCGUUACUGAUGAGGGCCACCCACACCGGCGAGGCGUCCACUCUGGCGCAGAUAGUGCGACUGGUGGAGGACGCCCAGAGCAGUAAGGCCCCCGUUCAGCGGCUCGCUGACACCAUCGCCGGAUACUUCGUGCCUAUAGUGAUGUUCCUGUCGCUGCUGACCCUCGUAUGCUGGAUGAUAAGCGGCGCUAUCAACAUACAAAACAUCAAGAACAUCACACCGGACGCGUACCUGGACUCGUUCUCGCGGUGGGAGCUGAUCGUGCAGACGGCGUUCCACUUCGCGCUGUCCGUGCUGGCCAUCGCGUGCCCGUGCGCGCUGGGGCUGGCCACGCCCACGGCCGUGAUGGUGGCCACGGGCGUGGGCGCGCGCCGGGGGCUGCUCAUCAAGGGCGCCGAGCCGCUCGAGAACGCGCACAAGGUAUGGCCCCGUCUCUGUCUUAUGUUUUAUGCGACUUCUCAUACAUACAAUGAAAUAGAACACAAUUGAGAUCCUGUCCUUAGGAUAAUUACAUUUUUUAAGCUUUCAUGAUCAUUAGAACGAUAGUUAUUUACGGGAUCGCCUCUAUGAUCGUGGCGCUUGCAACGGCGCCGAAAUAUCGGGAUCUUAACAAAAACAAAAUACACGGGAUCGAUCCCGCGAUAGACUAUCGUUCCAAUUUCUAUAGUGGUGGUGUGGUGUGCAGGUGAAGACGGUGAUAUUCGACAAGACGGGCACCAUCACCCAGGGCCGCGCGGCCGUGGCCCAUCUAGCGCUGCACGCGGCCUCGCCCCCGCAGCUGCCCGCGCUGCUGCAGCACCUGCUGGCCGCCGAGCUCAGCUCCGAGCACCCGCUGGCCGCCGCGAUAGUGAAGUGGUGCUCUCAAGUGCUGGAGGGGGCCCCGGUGGGGCGCGUGGAGGGGUUCCUGGCGGCGCCGGGCUGCGGCCUGCGCGCGCGCGUUCGGGCCCCGCCCGCCCCUCGACUCCCAGACGCGAUCCACAACCUGCUCAACAACGCACGGUAACCACGACCCGAUCGCGUCCCACUUACGUCGCGACACGUUAUAUCAAAAGAUAAUUGAUUUUCAUGUCAAAUAUUGUAAUUUUAAUAAAAGCAUGUUUCAUUAUUCGUUUUUGACUUUAAAGAAAAUACAUUUUGAUAUUAUUUUACAUACUAUUGUAUCCAAUUAAGAAAACUCCCUGUGACUGAUUUGUUGCUUGUUCGUGUUGCAAUACUUUUUAUUUGGAAAGCGUAGGUUUAACACACACUUGAUCUACGAUUAUACAUAAUAUUUGGAAUGAAAAAAAAAAACAUUUUUUUUUUAACGUCGUAAGUGAUCUUUUAUACGUCAUGUGUUUUAUUCAUAAACUAAAUACGUUCGUUCUGAGAUACGGGUAGAGUUAUUAGUAUUCGAGCGGUAAAUUAAUUUUUAUAAAAAUAAUAUGUAACGAAUUACGAAAUCUGAAAGAACGAACGUAGUCAUUUACCAUGCUAGCUGUCUAGUGCUGCGCCGUCGGCGGUGUUCUGCAAAUAAUCUUAUAUAUUGUACAAAGUGUAUACCGGGCCGUGUACAUACAGGGUGGGAUCGU